AUGUCGCACGAGGAAGAUCUCAUCGAUUACUCCGACGAGGAGCUGCAGACGACGACCGCGCCAGCGACCACUGCCGCGCCCGCUGACACCAACGGCGAUGAAGACAAGAAGGGUGAUUUGACUGUCUCCGGCGGUCGCCCCGACAAGAAGGGCAGCUACGUCGGAAUCCACUCGACUGGUUUCCGUGAUUUCCUGCUCAAGAGCGAACUCUUGCGUGCCAUUACCGACUGUGGAUUCGAACAUCCUUCGGAGGUUCAGCAAGUCUGCAUCCCUACUGCCAUCUUGAACGUCGAUGUUCUCUGCCAGGCCAAGUCCGGUCUCGGUAAGACCGCGGUCUUCGUUCUCACCACCCUGCACCAGCUGGAGCCCGUUCCCGGCGAGUGCUCCAUUCUCGUCAUGUGCCACACUCGUGAACUUGCCUACCAGAUCAAGAACGAAUACGCUCGUUUCUCCAAGUAUCUGCCUGAUGUCAAGACCGCUGUCUUCUACGGUGGUACCCCCAUCGCCAAGGACGUGGAGAUGCUUGCCAACAAGGACACCCACCCCAACAUUGUUGUUGCCACUCCUGGUCGUCUCAACGCCCUUGUCCGUGACAAGAAGCUGUCUCUCCGCAAUGUCAAGGCCUUUGUUCUUGAUGAGUGUGACAAGAUGCUGGACCAGAUUGAUAUGCGUCGUGACGUCCAGGAGAUUUUCCGCGCUACCCCUGCCGAUAAGCAAGUUAUGAUGUUCAGCGCUACCCUCUCCCAGGAGAUUCGGCCCAUUUGCAAGAAGUUCAUGCGUAACCCUCUCGAGGUCUACGUUGACGACGACACCAAGCUCACCCUGCACGGUCUGCAGCAGUACUACAUCAAGCUCAGCGAGCAGGAGAAGAACCGCAAGCUGAACGAGCUUUUAGACAACCUUGAGUUCAACCAGGUUAUCAUCUUUGUGAAGAGCACUCUCCGUGCUAAUGAGUUGGACAAACUGCUGCGGGAGUGCAACUUCCCCAGUAUCGCUGUGCACUCUGGUGUCAGCCAGGAGGAACGUAUCAAACGCUACAAGGAAUUCAAGGAGUUCAACAAGCGUAUCUGUGUUGCUACUGACGUCUUCGGUCGUGGUAUCGAUAUUGAGCGUAUCAACCUGGCCAUCAACUACGAUCUUCCCGCCGAUGCUGACUCCUACCUCCACCGUGUCGGUCGUGCCGGUCGUUUCGGUACCAAGGGUCUGUCUAUCUCCUUCGUCAGCAACGAGGAUGACGAGAAGGUCCUGAAGGAGAUCGAGAAGCGCUUCGAGGUUGCCCUGCCUGAGUACCCCGAGGGCGGUGUUGACUCUACUACCUACAUGGCUUAA